AUGUUGGAGGGCCGGUCCUGCGACUCCUGUCUGGUUACAAGAGUGUUUGGUAGUUCCUGCCAAUCCGAGUCUCAGUGGUCUUUUAUGAACUACCGGGCUGGUGGCAGCAAGCACUCCCUUGAGGAUUCUGAAGAUGAUUUUCGGCUGAGCAAGUUGCGUAGGGUUUCAGAUUCUCAGAGAAAUGUCGGCCUUGAGCAGCAGUCUGAUGAAGACGAUCAGGCUGGUCAAUCCUCUGAUUCUGAUCCCCUUAUUGAUGCUAUUGGCAGGGACAUGUCUAUAAACUGCAUCAUCCGCAUCUCUAGGUCGGAUUACGGAUCUCUAGCAUCUCUUAACAGGGGUUUCCGGUCCUUAAUCAGGAGUGGGGAGAUGUAUAAAUUGAGAAGGCAACGUGGUGUGAUUGAACACUGGGUUUAUUUUUCUUGCCACUUGCUUGAAUGGGAGGCGUUUGAUCCCAUUCGACGCAGGUGGAUGCAUCUACCUAGAAUGCCCUCCAAUGAAUGCUUCAUGUGUUCCGACAAAGAGUCAUUGGCUGUGGGUACUGAACUUCUUGUAUUUGGGAAGGAGGUGAUGUCCCAUGUUAUAUAUAGAUACAGUAUUUUGACGAAUUCUUGGUCUUCUGGAAUGACAAUGAAUUCCCCUCGAUGCUUGUUUGGAUCAGCUAGCCUUGGAGAGAUUGCAAUUUUGGCUGGAGGUUGUGAUUCUCAGGGGACCAUCCUGAGUUCUGCAGAAAUGUACAAUUCAGAGACUCAAACUUGGUUGACACUGCCAAGCAUGAACAAGCCAAGAAAGUUAUGCUCAGCAGUAUUUAUGGAUGGCAAGUUUUAUGUUGUUGGAGGCAUUGCAGGAAGCAAUGGAGGCAUUGUAGGAAGCAAUGAUGUUCUUACAUGUGGAGAGGAAUAUGACCUCGAAGCAAAGAAGUGGACCGAGAUUCCUAAUAUGUCCCCUGGGAGGAAUCCCGCUGCUAGAGAUGGAAUGCCUGCUGCUGCUGGGGCUCCACCUUUGCUUGCUGUAGUUAAUAAUCAGCUGUACGCUGCUGAUCAUAGUGAUAUGGAGUUGAAGAAAUAUGACAAGGUUGGGAAAUCCUGGCUUACUGUGGGAAGGCUACCUGAACGUGCAUGCUCAAUGAACGGUUGGGGUCUUGCAUUUAGGGCAUGCGGAGAUCAGCUCAUAGUUAUUGGUGGGCCGAGGACAUCUGGUGAAGGUUUUAUAGAGCUGAAUUCAUGGGUACCAAGUGAAGGCCCUCCGCAUUGGGACUUGCUUGCGAGGAAGCAAUCCGUUAAUUUUGUCUAUAAUUGUGCGGUUAUGGGAUGCUGA